CAUCGCUGUCCGCAAACCUCACCAACCGCAACUUGCGCACCUCCUGGCGACGACUUGCAUCGAUCGCCGAUUGGUCGCGCGCCGCUAGUAGCUGCGAUUCUGGCGACUCGCUCUUGAUCGUUUGCCAGCGGGAAUUGAAGCGGCAUUGAUGGGCAUGCGACCUGCUCGCGAGAGCUGAGAGCACUUGACUCCCUGACAGCACGUCGCGCGUCCCGACCAGCAGCUCCCGGCCUGGCGCCUUCGAUAACCCACGUUUCGAAGCUGGCUGGUGACGUCCAGAUGCUCGUCCGUCUUUGAGCUUCAACGUUGGUACGAUUUCGCCUCCUCUUAGCGACACGAACCGCGAGGCUACCGCGUUGCUGGCACCGACCCUUUGCCCGCCAUGGCCACCGCCACCACCCUAUCCGUUCCCGACCAGGUUCGGCAACUCGAUGAUGCCCGUAAACUCGUCCUCGGCGACGUUAAAUACUACCCGAGCGUAGUGAGGGGCAUCAUUCCCAUCAUUGGGCCCUCUGCGCCGGUAGAGCUCCGACGAUGGGGCGCCGACUUCCUGGCCGAGGCCUUCUCGACCCCUGCGCUGCCCAACGGGGAGAAAGAGACGAUGCAGCCAUAUGUUCUCACGACACUGGAAUCUCUACUCGAGAGCGAUAGACAAGAUUGGCUGGUCUUGCGAAGCGUGAUACAGGCAGCAGCUAGCAUAUAUCCCCUUGCCAUGCGAUGGAUGUUCGUCAGCCCUAUUGGCAGUGGCCCGCCGCUGCUUGAAGCAAGAUCAAAACUAAUCAAUGUAUUUUACCAGCAUCAACAACGGCUAUGACACCGUGACGUGGGAGCGAAUGGUGGUGAUCAAGCAGAGGAUACUGCGGAUAUGGGACACCGCACCCCCUUCCGUCAGGAUCAGUUGCAUCAAGUUUGCUCAACGUGUCGUGCUCGCCCAGACCGUCGCGUCCAAUGCCGAAUUUCGUUAUGGCGGAACUCUCGACGUUUCUCUCGACAAGGUCCCGCCGAACCAUCAGUCGCUCGACUCUCGAAAUCUGGAGGCCGAAGCGACAGGCCUGCUAGACCGCAUGCUGAGCGUGUUGCAGGAGAGCAGCGAUGCGCUCAUUGUCGAUGCGACGCUCAACUGCUUGUCAAUCCUCGUUCGCACCCGACCCGCCACGUCGGGGCGAAUUCUCAAUGCCCUGCUGAACUUCAACCCCCUUCACGCCGCUACGUCGCCCAUGACAUCCAGGAACAAGGUCAUGGUAAAAUCGAUGGAGAAGACCGCACGAAUGCUUCUGCUCCACCUCACUAAGAGAGACCCGCACAACCCCAUGGCACCUCGAAUACAACAACACCUGGAGCGCAUGGUGCGAAGCGUCACGGAACUUUUCGACGAGUCGAGUAAGAAGCGUCCGUUGGAGGCGCAGCAGCAUGACGGCCUUGAUGCCAAGCGGCAGCGUGUUGCGGGCUCACAUGCUCCGAUCCCGCCGCUCGGCCCUGGCCCGCAUAGCCUGGGAGACGUCUUCACACUGAUCACCAACGAUGAAUUGAAGAGCUUCGACAUCUCGCAACUGCCCCUCGGCUUGGUUGCCAAGGUCUCGGUGACGGCACUGGCCGGGCUCGAGCCCGAGCUGUUGACCAAGGCCGCCGACGCGGUCCGUAGGCGACUCCAUGAUCUAGCCACGGCGCCUGCCCCCGAGCUAAACCCUAAUACGGCACCGUUGGGCGUGGACGACGACGACGACGACUAUGAGCCGGACUUUUACCAGGCUGAGGAUACGGAGCAAAUCCUCAACAAACUGGACGGCGCGUCGUCGGCGCCCGAGCCGAUGGCAUUGGACGGCAGCUUGGCCCUGGCCUCUUUCAGUCUUCCGCAGCCGCCAGAGCUCUCAGCAGAGACGGCACUCAGCGCAGGAAGCGGAACGGUGACCCGAGUCCUGGAGAUGAUGAAGUCGCUCGAGGAGCCAGCGGUUAAGAAGGACAAGGCUGGGUACAAUCGGCUGGCAGCAAGCUCUGGCACACGAGACGCUUGGAUGUCCAUCUUGACGCGGCUAGGUACGCGGUCUUCGGCAGGCCUCGAGGACGUGUCCGUCAAAGGCGAAGACGACGACACACGACGACCCGAGGGACUCAGCGACAAUGUACGAGAGCUGUUGUACAACUACAUCAUGGAGGACUUCCGGAGGCACAUUGACGUUGCCGUGUCGUGGUUGUGCGAGGAGUGGUACAACGACAAAAUUCAACGGAAGCGGGGAGACAAGCACCCCGUGCGAUAUGAGAAGUGCACGCUGCGGCUCAUUGACGGGUUCCUUCCUUACCUGCACCCGCAGGACAAGGUGUUGACGCGCUUCCUGAGCGAGAUCCCCGAGCUGAACCCGACGAUGCUGUCGCGGAUCAAGCACAUGUGCCGCGACCCCAGCGUUACGCAGCUAGCGUUGACGAGCUUGCUGUACCUGGUCAUCAUGCGGCCGCCCAUCAAGGAGAGUGCGCUGGAUACGGUGCAGGACAUUUGGACCGAGUUCGAGGAUGCUCGGCCGAUGGCUGGCAAAUAUCUAGCAAAGUACAGACCUGGAUUCCUGGAGGCGGCCAACAACAACAACAGCAAGACGGAGGCGGAUGGGGCUACUCCGGCGGCCGUCGCAGCAUGAGACGGGGCUCGUAGCGAGGAGCGGUGCGUUGCCGGGUGCGAGCGGGCGUGUACAAGUUACGGACAAGGCAUGACGAGGCGUUUAUGGAUCACAUGUGGGCUUAAGGGGUCUGUUUUGCCAUACCCAGUAAGGGGAGGUAUGAGCAUCUGAUGGUGCAGUUGGGAGAUGGGAAGGGCGACCAAGGGCGUUCAUGUCACAGUAGUAGGAGGGCAGGGCCGUACGGGUCACUUUUUCGAACGGCUGACUGAUGGUAGGGCUGAGCUGUGAAUACAGGUCAGUACGAGAUGAAUGAAGACUGAACCCUUUGGCGGCGUUCGGCAGAG